AUUCCCACUUGUACAACUACAACUCACUCAGAUGUUUAGAAACAAUUACGACAACGACUCGGUCACCUACUCGCCAACAGGACGGUUGUUCCAAGUGGAAUAUGCGUUGGAGGCCAUCAAGCAGGGAAGUGCCGCUGUGGGAGUAGCUUCCAAAACCCAUGUUGUGUUGGUGGGAUUGAAGAGAAACGCGGAAGAAUUGGGAUCUUACCAAAAGAAGUUGAUCAAAAUCGACAACCAUAUGGGUGUGGCGUUGGCUGGAUUGGCCCCAGAUGCCAGGGUGUUGACCAAUUUCUUGAGGAAACAAGCAAUGAAUUCCAAGUUAGUUUUCAACAGACCUUUACUGACAUCUUCUGCGGUUUUGUCCAUUGCUGAUAAAGCUCAAGAGAACACCCAAUCGUAUGGAUCCAGACCUUAUGGUGUUGGAUUAUUGGUUUCUGGAUACGAUGAAACUGGUUCCCAUUUAUACGAAUUCCAACCUUCUGGAUCGGUAUUGGAAUAUUAUGGCGCUUCUAUCGGUGCAAGAUCUCAAGCCGCUAGAACUUAUUUGGAGAAAAACUUGGAAAAGAUUCGUGAGUCGGCAUCAAUGGAAGAGUUGAUAGUGCACGGUUUGAAUGCCUUGAGAGACACCUUAUCCCAAGACGUGGAGUUAACUUUCAAGAAUACUUCUGUCAGUGUGGUUGGAAAAGACACAAACUUCACUGUGUACGAAGACGAAGACGUUCAACAGUGGCUAGACAAGUUAGAUUCCGUGACCAAUUCCUCCAACAGAAAUGAUGAAGAUGAAGAAGAGGAUGCAGGUGCUGCUGCCGAAGCUGAAGGUAAUGAUGCUGGAAAUCAAGAUACUACCGAAGAUAGAAUGGAAACCGACGAAUAAACCGGCUCAAAAACAUGUCUUUAGAAUUAUCUUGUAUAGUAGUGACCACACAACAUAUCAUAAUUUAAUGAAUAAAAAUCAGUUCACACAAAGUCAAUCUGGUAUUCGAGUUAUAUACAUAUAUACAAGUUCACGAAGAAAGCCUAUUCCUUCUUAGUUUUCUUUUGAAGUUGUUGCUGCUUAAUUGCAACCUUUUGGAUUGCUGCCAAGCAAACCUUUUGCAAUUCGUUAACAUCGUUUCUGAUUUCUUGGGG